UCAUUAUUAAAGAAGAAAAACACACAAAACAAGAUUUGAAAGAACUGUACUGUACAUACUGUUCUGUGACUCUGUGAGCUGAGAAAUGGCAUUGGGUCGUCUAGUUUUGAAGAAUUUACAGGAGAAGUUUGCCUCUAAAUCUUCUCAUUUACUCUCUCCAUCUGUUCCCGAGAAUACCAAAUGGGGUUCUCAACUUCUAAGGCGUCUCUCCACCGCAGAGGGUGCCGCCGCCGCAAAGUCUGAUGCCCCCCGAGAAGUAGCCGUUUCCGAUUCCGGCAAGAAGUCCAAGCUCUUCCCCAGAAGACGCCGCCGCGGUGGUCUCUGGACGCGUAACGAUCGCGAUUUUACUCCUGCUCUUUGGGAUUUUUUCCCCUCAGGAUUUGGAAAUGCGCUGUUUCAAGCGACAGAGAAUAUGAACAGGCUGUUCGACAAGCUGAGCCUCAUCAACCCGACACAACUGAUGGGUAGGUACAAGGAGGACGACAAGUGGUACAAAAUCCGGUACGAUGUUCCAGGGCUGAGGAAAGAGGACCUGAAAAUCACGGUAGAAGAUGGGUAUCUGACGAUAAAGGGAGAACACAAGGAAGAGGAGGAAGGCGGAGACGAUGACGAUGAGGUGUGGUCUUCAAGAAGGUAUGGAUUCUAUGACGCAAGCCUGAUGCUCCCUGAUGACGCCAAGGCUGAUGAGAUCAAAGCUGAGAUGAAAAAUGGCGUUCUCACUAUUACCAUUCCCAGAACUGAGCAGCCAAAGAAAAAUGUCAAGGAAAUUCAAGUGAUGUGAAUUUGAAUCUGUUGUUUAAUUUUAUAUAUGUAUGUAUGUAUGUGAUGUGUCCCUGGGAGAUAAAAUAAUUAAAUAAGCAUGCAGCUAGUAA